CUCUCCUCACUUCAGCAGACUUUUAACACUCUCUCUCUUUCUCUCUCUAGAUCUGAACUCAAUUUCUACUUUCUCUCUCUUCCCAAUCUUCAAGAUUCUCAGCAAACUUGGACUCUUUAAUAACAGAAAUUUUUUAUUUAUUUUUAAAUAUCCCCAAAUUUUAAUAUUUUUAUUGGGAAUAAAUUUUAUAUAUUACAAUCUAUCUUAUUCUGCAGAUUGAUUGAAUUUGAUUGAAUUAGGGUUUUUUUGUUUUAAAGCUUGAACCUUUAACUAUGGCGGCUGGUUCUGCCUCUGCCUUUGAGGUUGGUUCGUUCUUUAUUACGAAAUAUUAUCAUGUGCUUAAAGAAUCGCCGGAGUUUUCUCAUCAGUUUUACAAUGAUGCUAGUACUUUGACUCGAGUUGAUGGUGAUGAUACUCAAACUGUUUCUACUAUCUUGGAUAUCCAUUCAGUUCUAACUUCUCUAAAUGUUAGUGGAGUUGAAGUGACAAAACUAAAUUGCCAAGACUCUUUGAAUGGGGGCAUUCUGGUAAUUGUGUCAGGCAAUGUGAGGUCCAGAAACUUCGGUGGCAAGAGGAUGUUUACACAGGCCUUCUUCUUAGCUCCUCAGGAGAAUGGUUUUUACGUCCUAAAUGAUAUUCUUCAAUUUAAUGAUGAGGUUCUAGUCAACCAGCAUCCAGUGCCAGAACCUGAAAUCAAGGUUGAUUCUGAAAUUCCUGCAUCCAGCCCUCGCUUAGACCAGCCAGCAGCGUCUAAUUUCGAGCUGGAGGAAGAGACCAGGGAGUAUGUGAAUUCAAUUCCCAUUGAAGAAGAUUAUCUUGUGGACAAAUAUAGCCUUCCUGAUGAAGAGCAACAUGAAGAGUCUCAUGUAGAAACCAUUGUCCAGGAAACCCCUGUUGAAGAGUCUGCUCCACCUGAAAGUGCUGUGAACCAUAUGAACUAUGUGGAGGAUCCGAUAUCUGUUCCAGCUGACGAGCCCGCUGGGGAGCCCGCCGAGGAGCCUGCCAAACUAUCAUAUGCUUCAAUCUUGCGAGCAUCAAAAGGGCACUCCUCACAUCCAGUUGUUUCUAAACCUGCUGCAAGGCCUCGCAUCCCACCUCCAUCGGAGCAGCAACAGAAAGUGCAACCGAUUGCUCCACAAUUAAAUGCAUCAGCAUCAUCAUUUGUUCCCGAGACAGCUAGUCCUGGGGCUGAUGAAGGUUCUAUUCAAGAAGGGGAGAUGACAUCUGUCUAUGUGCGAAACUUGCCCUCAAAUAAUGUUACUACUGCUGAUCUUGAGAAGGAGUUCAAAAAGUUUGGUAGAAUCAAACCGAAUGGAGUAGUCAUUAAAAAUCGCCAGGAUCUUGGAAUUUGCUAUGCAUUUGUCGAAUUUGAGGACAUUUCUAGUGCUCAAAAUGCAAUAAAGAAUUCUCCCAUAGAGUUGCUGGGUAGGCCAAUCUACAUUGAUCCAAGGAAACCAGGUGGAAGCAGCAGUUCCCGUGGUGGAGCUGCAGCUAGAGGCAGAGGCCGAGGUGGUUACCAAAAUAACACUUCAAGAGGACGUGGUGGGAUCAGAAACCCUGGUCGAGGAGACAGCAGCGACUACAAUAGGAGUAGAGGCUCAGGGAACGGCUUCUACUAGUGCGUACGCCCUAGCAAAGCGUAUGGGACGCAAUUAUCUGGAUCAGGGAGAAAGGGAGAGUGAUGCUAAAUUAUUGCUCUUUCUCUGUAGGUGCUUCUGUCUUCUUAUUUGUUAGUGAUAAACAAUUAGGUCUCCACCCUUGAUCUAGGGUAUUGAAUUAUUUACCUGAAGGUGGAGGAAUGAGGAGCAUAUUUAGUUUAUAUUUCUACAGAAGGUGCAUAUAUGCCGCCUUCGUCCCCAUGUGUUUUUCUUCUACAUGGGGAUUUUUUUGAAUUUUCUGCCAAAGGUUUGGUUAUUUGGCUGCCCUGAAUUGAAUUUGUGUUAUCUGAAUUUUGGUUAAUUGACUAAUGAGAUGAUUUCAAGUUUGUUCGGAAA